ACAUCCGAAGUGGUUCGCAAACAGCUCGGCAUGCACAUAUUCGAACCCAGCAACGAAUAUCGUAUGACCUCUUGGCUAGCGCAGCAGGAAGAUCGCAAUACCAUCACUCUAUAUCAGUGUGACUCUUCUCUCAGCGCUUGGACACAACGUUGCAUGCGCCAAGCGGACGUCGUACUUAUCGUGGGACUUGGUGAUCAUGCGCCAAUCGUUGGUAAAUUUGAACGAGAAAUCGAUCGUUUGGCAAUGCGCACACAAAAGGAGCUCGUACUGCUUUAUCACGAGUCGAUUAAUGCGAAACCGAAAAAUACACUGCAAUGGCUGAAUGUCAGGCCCUGGGUCACCAAACAUCACCAUUUGCAGUGCCCUAAGCGCAUGUUCACGCGCAAAAGUCAAUAUCGCAUUAACGAUCUGUACAGCCGUGUAUUAAUGUCCGAGCCAAAUAUGCAUUCGGAUUGUUCGCGCCUGGCACGUUGGCUGACUGGUAACUCAAUCGGGUUAGUUUUAGGUGGCGGCGGUGCACGCGGUGCUGCACAUAUCGGUAUGUUAAAGGCUAUACAAGAAGCUGGUAUACCGGUAGAUAUGGUGGGAGGUGUUAGCAUUGGCGCGCUAAUGGGUGCACUCUGGUGUUCGGACCGUAAUGUAACAGCCGUUACACAGAAGGCUCGGGAAUGGUCAAAGAAAAUGACAAAAUGGUUCCUGCAAUUGCUCGAUCUCACUUAUCCAAUUACAUCGAUGUUCUCUGGACGUGAAUUCAACAAAACCAUUCGUGAUACCUUCGGUGAUGUGGCCAUUGAGGAUUUAUGGAUUCCGUAUUUUACACUAACGACUGAUAUUACCGCAAGCUGCCAUCGCAUACACACAAAUGGAUCUCUUUGGCGUUAUAUACGUUCAUCUAUGUCGCUCAGCGGCUAUAUGCCGCCAUUGUGCGAUCCAAAAGACGGGCAUCUCCUGCUGGAUGGCGGAUAUGUUAACAAUUUGCCAGGUAAAUAGUGAAAAAAAACAACAACUACAA